AUGAGCGCCGGCGUCCAGAACCUCGUCAUCUCCCUCGGAGCCAUGCAGCUCGCCCGUAAAAUCCCGUUUGAUGACCCCGAGACGCUGAACUAUGUGCGGAUUGGAUACGUCGCAUCCCAGCUCGUCGUUCUCGGCGUAUACUACUACAUCUCCGCCGUCAUCAAGAAAAAGAACGACCAGACAGUUCUCAAAUACGUCGAGCCCGCCAACCCAAUGUCGCAAGAUGCCCCGCAGCUAGUCACCACCACCGUGCGCGACUACGACCUCUCCGAAACCUCCAAACUCCUCCGCUCAACAUACAUGUCCCUCGCCAUGAUGGCCGUAAUGCACUUCUACUUCCACUUCACCCAGCCCCUCUUCGUGCAGGGUCUCAUGGGCAUCAAGAACCUCUACGACGCCAAACCUGUCAAGAUCCACCUUUUUGGUGCCGAGGCUAAGGAUGAGUUGAAGAGGCCUUUCAAGGUUGCGUCUAUGUUUGGAGCCGCAUCAGGCCCUCAGACGGACGCAGCUGCAAUCGCAGAAGCGGAGAAACGUAUUGGGAAGAAGGAUGAUUAA